AUGGAUCUCAGUGCGAUUGAUCUAAUACUGAAGAAAUCAUGUGAGUUUCCGAAGUAUUUUAAUUUCUCUAAAGGUUCAUUUGGAAACAGUUACAAUCUAGCUCAUAUUGGCACGGGCAUACUGUUGGCUAUGAUUUUUCUUCUUUCCAUAGCCUGUUAUGUUUAUUAUCAUGAAUACAAACGUAGGAAAAAUAUGCCAUUGGAUCCUUUAACACAGUUAACUGGUUCAAAACACUCACUAGUAUUGAAUCAAUCUACUCAAAAACUGAAUGCACACUGUUCAAACAAGAAACAUCAACUGCAUAAGCAUCACAAUUGUCAAACGUCUGGAUUACUGUGCGAUUUGUUAACUGAGAAAGAAACUGAUGUCAGUUCAGUAAAAAUGCAUCAACAUCAUCGUCAUCAUUAUCUGCAUGCCCAACAUCUGUCACAUUCGCAUCAAGUCUCCUCGCAUACUCAUCCUCACCGUCAUCACCACCAUCAUAAUCAUAACAGAAAAGUGUUUGAACAGGGUGGACACUCACAUUUAGUCAAUGCACAACAUGAUUGUCAUGGAGCACAUUUUCCGUUGGAUAAUCAACAUGAUCAUUGUCGUACAAACAGAAUGAGUAGUAAAUUGCAACAAAGGACUCCAUCACAUUCAGGAUCACUAGUCAGAAAUGGUGGACGUACGGUGGUACGAGAUUCUUUACAUAGUAGUGCUGCUAACAAUCCAGGUGGAUUACUUGUUGCGGGAACUGGGACGAAUCUAUCAACCAGUAUGGAUGGAGGUUUACUUAUCAGAGAAAGAAUGCCAAAAAUAUCGAUAGUUUGAUUUCCGUAAAAGGUGGAAAUAAGCAGCUGUAAAUAGAUUUCCAAUGCGUCUUCGUUAUUAUUUUAAGUUUUUACCUAUUACAUACAAUUUUGAUGUAGUCAGAUAGUGAUAUUAUUUAUUGUUACUAUUAGUUCUAGGUAUGAGAAGCAAAUGUCCUUACAAACACUAUACUAUACUGAUGCCUAAUCAUUCCAAUUUUUGUGCGUGCUGUACACUAUUCACUAAAAAACGGAGCUAACGGAAAUUCAAGAUUAAAAAAGUGUAUGAUAACCUCUGUCUUCAAUUUCUUUUUCACUUGUCCG